AGCCCCUAGCGCAGACGGCGGAGAGCGGCGAAGGAGCGCGCCUUGGCUCGCUGGCCUUGGCUGCGGCUCCUCGGGAGAGCUGGGGCGCCCACGCGAGGAUCCCUCACCUGGGUCUCUCCUCAGGGAUGACAUCAUCUAUCCACCUCCUUGUCUUCAAGAACCACCAACCCUCCAUGCCGAGCUGCUGCCAAGGGGCCUGCUGCCCAUCUACACCUCACGAGGGCACUAAGAGCACAGAUUCCUGGAUCCCACCAGCAUACGCAGCAGCCACUGACAGACCCCCAGGACCAGGAUGGCAAAGGAUGAAGAGGACCAGAACUGACCAGCCUGCUGUCCCUCUUGCCUAAAGACUUAAACCAAUGCCCUAGUGAGGGGGCGUUGGGUGUGAAGCCCUGACCUUUGCUGUGUUCAUGCUUUGUCUCUGAGUACUUUCCUAUACAUCUUUGCUUGUGUUCACCUGCUAGCAAACUGGAGUGUUUCCCUCCCCAAGGGGGUGUCAGUCUUUCUCGACUGUCUGUCAUCACCCUUAUGAUGUCCUAAAUGGAAGGAUCCCUUUGGGAACUUCUCAGGAGGGGGACCUGGGCCGAGGGCUUGACCAGCGUCCUGCUGGCAACUCCCAGGCCCUGGGUGGGCUUCUGGAAUGAGCAUGCUACUGAAUCCCCUAAGGCAUGCCCCACCUCUCUGGGGAUCUUUCUGUCCUUUUCUGGGGAAUGGGGUCGAUGGGAGCAACCUCCUAGGGUUGUUGUGAGAAUUAAAUGAGAUUAAAGAGGCCUCAGGCAGAAUCCGGCAUAGAGGAGGUGAUCAGCAAAUGUUUGUUGAGAAGGUUUGUCAGCUCAGUCCCUUCCCACCCCGUUUGCUUGUCUUGUUCAUCCUGUUAAUUCUCCCACAGCCCUCCAGGCAGCCCUCGUCCACGGGGCUCUCCUUGCAUCAGGCAGGGGCUCGCAGAGACCACCGACGGGCUGACUUGACCAAGCUUCUUGAAAGGCCUGCCUAUACCUGCUGUCUUCCCUCCUCACCUCCAAUUCCCUCUUCAGCCCACUGCCUCCUGACUCGCUCUACUCCGUGGAAGGGCUCUCACCAAGGUUCCCAGUGCCCCCACAAGCCCCUUCUGGAGUCUCCAUGUCCUGCCGAGCAUCCUCCAGUGCCUCCUCCUGUGGGCCUGGCUUCAGGGCUGAGGACAGACAUGUGUCCUGUACCAGAGACCCCUCGUGAUCAGGCCCUGCCCAGGCUGUUGCUUCUUUGGACCGAAUUUCCUGUCAUUGCGCCCGGCAGUCACUCCACUUCACUGGAGAGCAACCUGCAGCUACGUGGGCCGUGGCCUGGCUGGGUCAGCUGAAGAGCUGCAGA